AUGUUUCCGACGAGACGCGUGUUCGACGAGUGUCUGCCACGUGUCGUGCUUCUCCUGUUGGUCGGCGCGUCCGUGGCUUACGGCGGCGCGCCAUGCGAGCCGUCUUCCUUGCGGGGGUUCACCAAUUCCGUUGAUCUUUCGGGAAACGGCCUCGUGCUGCAUUGGACCCGCAAUGCUUUACGCCUGCAGAUCGCACUAGAAGCCAAAACCGCCAGUGGGGCCGAGUCCGGUUGGUUCUCCGUCGGCUGGACGGCAAGCCGUGGCCGUAUGUACCCCGCGGAUUGCGUGGUCGGGAACCUUCCGGGAAGCAGCGUGCGCGCGUAUCGGAUCUCCGGGUACAGCCCGUCUGACGUGGCGCCUUCGAAUAGGUUCAAGAUCGGGAGGCCUGUGCUGUCAGGGGGGAGCAAUGGCGGGAGUAUUAUAAGGUUCUCUCGUUUUCGAGGGGACGGAGGGGCGGUACCAGUGAGUUUCAACAGCAGCAGCAGCCUCAUCUGGGCUUUCUCCGAGUCCGGAUCCACUGAGCUGGCCUUUCACGGCAACAACGCAGGUUCAAUGGAUGUGGACUUCUCGUGUGCGUCUGCACCUUCCAGCUCACAAGGAGGAGGUGGUGGUAACGGCGGUGGUGGUGGUAAUGGCGGCGGUGGUGGUAACAGCGGUGGUAGUGGCGAUGGUGAUAAUGAUGCUGGCAUGAGUGCUGGCAUGGGUGGUGGUGAUGAUGGUGAUGAUGAUGCAUAUGAUGAUAGGGAAGAAGGUGAAUUUGAGAGGGGGGGUGAUGGUGGUGAUGGUGAUGACGAGGGGGACGAGAAAGGUUUUGGGCGAUGGCAUAAUGAUAAAGAUGAUGAUGAGGACGAUGAUGUUAUGGAUGGUGGUAAUGAUGAUGGUAAUGAUAAUGAUAAUGAUGAUGAUAAUGAUAAUGAUGAUGAUGAUGACGUGGAUGAUAGAUACAGGAAGGGGAAUAAGGACUCCUCAAAUGGUGAUGGUGAUAAUGAUGGUGAUAAUGAUGGUGAUGAUGAUGAUGAUGAUGAUGAUGAUGAUGAUGAUGAUGAUGAUGAUGAUGAUGAUGAUGAUGGUGAUGAUGAUGAUGAUGAUGAUAAUGAUGGUGAUGAUAACGGUGAUGCUCAUAAGGAAGAUGACGAAGGGAGCCAGUCACUGGAAUCCACGUCAGCAGUCUCUUCUGACAGUGACAGCGGCAGCGGCAGUGGCAAGGGCAACGUGGCAUGUGAGCCGUCGACCCUGCCUGAAUAUGCGUGCUCCAUUCGACUCAAAGGCAACGAUUUCAUCCUUCACUGGAAAACCGGGGCAGAUACAAUAGCAAUGGCUGCUGAUGUGGCGACAUCUGGUUGGGUGGCAGUUGGAUGGUCCAGCAGCGGCAAGAUGUACCCCGCUGACGCAGCCAUUGGGAAUCUGCCACGUGGCACUCUCGCCAACGGGGCGGCGGUGGGCGCGUACCACCUCAGCGGGUACGGCCUGUCUGACGUGGCGCUGACGUCAUCGUUUGAGCUGACCAACACGACGACCACCACAGCAAAUGGGAGAACUACCAUAACUUUUGAGCGACCCCUCUCCGUGGGUACGGUCCCCGUCAGCAGCAAUGGCCCCACCAGCGUCAUCUGGGCCUUCUCUCGCUCCGACUCGCAGCAGCUGGACGACCACGGGCCCAAUGAAGGCUUUGUUACAAUCAACUUCGUUUCAGGCACAGUGGAAGUUGAGGAAUCAAGCAGCAGCGCUGAAACACUCUAUAUGGCGCACGGGUGGAUUCUCACUGUAGCUUUUGGCAUUCUCAUGCCUGCAGCCAUGCUUAUAUCGAGGAUAUUCCUCUCGGAUAAGCCUUCUUCAGACCCUGCUGCUGCAGAUGCACAGGCCGAAGCGGAAGCACGGGAAGCACAGGAAACAGAGGCAAUGGGUGGCAAAUUAGGGUUUUCAGGUCAGCCAACGUUGCACGAAGAAAGGGAUUUUGAGCACAUGCAUCUGAAAUCAGCAAGAGAUGCUGCAGUGUACGCCUCAGGAGAAGCAGGAAAAGCAUCAGCAGCAGCAGCAGCAGCAGCAGCAGCAGGAGAAGCAGCAGCAGAAAGUGGGAUGCUAGAUGCUACCACUGCAAGCAAGGGAAAGCCUUGGAUGAGCAAGGCACAUGCAUUCAACGCGCACAAGUGGAUCAUGCUCCUAGCUGUCGUGCUCUCAUUGGUCGGAAUCAUCAUGGCGUUUGUCCAAUCAGGAUCGGGCUCCCUGCGGUCGACACAUGGCAGGCUGGGAUUGGCCGUGCUGCUGCUGAUCGUCCUCCAGCCAAUCAUUGGCCAGCUGAGGCCGGUCAAGGGCCACGUGUUGCGACGUUAUUGGUUCGCGCUGCAUUGGGUGGUGGGAGUGGCGAUUGUGGCAAUCGCUUGGAGCAACAUGUUCCUUGGUCUUGACCUAGCAAGCAGCAGAUUCGGCUACAAUCUUGAAUGGUAUUACAUCGCAUUUGCAGUUAUGAUUGGUCUCUUCACUGUAGCUUAUGCUAUUGAUUUCGCGUGGGACCAAGUCGGCUUUUUCAUGCUUCGUUAUAAGCAGUCUCAAAUCGAAUUACAGCCACUCAACGCUGACGAGGAGAAGGUCGUUAUGAUGCUGUAG